AUGAUGAUGAUAAGAGCAUUUACUACUUCAGCUGCCGUAGCACGAACUACUACUACUACUACUCGUGCUCAGCUUCAACAGUUACUGUUACAAAAGUCCAAGGUCGGUUUCGAUAAACUCGAUGAUGCUCUUGUUGUGUUCGACAAAAUGCUCCUUAUGAAGCCUCUGCCUACGGUUAUCGACUUCACUCAACUGUUAGCCGCCCUCGUAAAAAUGCAACAAUAUGCCUUUGCGGUUUCUCUGUUUCGUGAUAUGCGUGUUUUAUGCAUACCAGCUAAUAUAGUUACAUUUAAUACUGUCAUCAAUUGUUGUUGUCACUUGAAUAGACUUGACUUUGCCUUUUCGUUUCUCGGUGGGAUCAUCAAAUGUGGUCUUGUGGCCGAUGUCUUUACUUACAACACUCUCAUCCGGGGGCUUAUUUCCCAAGAUAAGUUUGUGGAGGCGGAGCAUUUGUUUAAGAAGCUUAUUAGAUUUGAUGAUAUGAAACACGAUGUAGUUUCCUAUAAUACCAUCAUUAACGGGCUUUGCAAGACUGGUCACACCAAUAUGGCUGUUAAGUUGUUCAAGUAUAUGAAGAAGAAAGGUUGCCAACCCAAUACAGUAACUUAUAGCACAAUUAUUGACAGUUUAUGUAAACAUAGAUUGGUGGAUGAAGCAUUAGGCCUUCUCUGUGAAAUGACUAGGAAAGGCGUACUGGCGGAUGUUGUAACGUAUAGCUCAUUGAUCCAAGGUCUUUGCGACUUCAGUCGAUGGGAUGAUAUCUCUAAAUUGCUAAGAGAGAUGGAGAUUAAGAAGAUCUCUCCAAAUGUCCAUACUUACAAUAUUUUGAUUGAUGCAUACGGGAAAGAAGGAAAGAUGAAAGAUGCUCAAGAUUGGGUGGAAAUUAUGGUCCAAAGAGGUCUGUAUCCUAAUGAAGUCACUUAUUGUACACUAAUGGAUGGAUAUUGCUUGCGGGGAGAAGUUGAUAAGGCUUUAGAAGUGCUUGAAACCAUGAAGAGUAAGGGGAUAUCUCAUAAUACUUAUAGCUAUAAUAUCUUGAUCAAAGGUUAUUGUAAGAAGCUGAAAGUGGACAAUGCAAUAGAUCUUUUCCAACAAAUGCCCUGUGAAGGUUUGACACCAACUAUUCAGACGUACAAUACUAUAUUGCAAGGUUUUUUUGAUUCAGGUAGACAUGUUGAAGCACGUAAAUUUUAUAAGGAGAAGAUGUUAAAUCUAGGUAUUCAUCUAGACAAAGUGACAUGCCUUAUCAUGUUGCACGGUCUGUGCAAGAACCGCUGCGUUGUUGAAGCGUUGUCCUUGUUUCACAUGAUGGAAUCCAGUGGGUUAGUUCCUAAUAUAUAUGUAUACAGCAUUCUCAUUGACGGAUUAAACAAGAACGGACAUCUUGAAAAGGCAAAAAGUCUUUUUGACAGCUUGCCUUCAAAAGGUUUGAAGCCUAGUGUCAAGACAUACACUAUGAUGAUUCGAGCAUACUGUGAAGAGGGGCUACUAGAUGAAGCAAAUAAGCUUAUUGGGCAAAUGGAAGCUGAAAACUGCUUGCCAAAUGAGUGUACCUACAACAUACUGAUCCGCGGUUAUUUUCGGUAUAAGAAGUAUCAUGAAGGAGGUGCACUUAUAGACAAGAUGCGUGGUCGUGGUUUCUCUGCAGAUGCUUCGACCACCUCCAUGUUGCUGGACCUACUGGAAUUGAAAGAACAUGAUCCUGCUCUUCAUGCUUUGCAGAAGAAGUUCUUGCAAUAG